AUGGCGUCGACGAAACCCCGCCCAAGCGUUCAACAGCAAGCUAUCCACGAAUGGAACGGCAACUCGUCCAAGCGUUCAACAACGGACUAUCCACGAAUGGGACGACCACUGAGAAGAGUCGCGGUCGAUUUAGAGAUUAAGGAGAACUCGCCAAUGCCACCGCCGACUGCUUAUUCUCAAUUAAUGGCAGUCUCUCGAGGAGGAUCGGUGGCAUUAAGCUCCAUGGUAAGGCACCCCAUAUUCGAGAUGGGCUUGGCACUCUCUAGCUCGCCAAUGCCACCGCCGACUGCUUAUUCUCAAUUAAUGGCAGUCUCUCGAGGAGGAUCGGUGGCAUUAAGCUCCAUGGUGGUCGCCUUUUUGAUCGGCCGAGACUCUCGAAGCCAUGGCUCCCCAAUACCAUGUUUUGGUCGAACUGUACGGAUUAGUACUACUGUUUGUAGGAAUCGUCUACUUUCACGAGUGGAGCAACUCUACUCUUCGAGCCGACGCUUCGAUGUUCUUCUAGCACCAUUAUUCUCCGACGUACUUCGACAACACGAGAAACGUCCGGUCGAGAGGAGCAUCCAGCACGAGGACGAGGACGACGAAUUUUUUGUAGUAGAUGGUGACUGGUGA